UGGGAAGCUAAAAUAUCCAACCAUAUAUAAAAGAGAGCAAAGCUUCACCUAUUUUUAUCAAACCUCAACAAAAAUACUCUCUCUUAUUUCAGACUUUUCAGACAAAAACAGAGAGAAACUUUUUGUGUUUAUGUGUUUUAAGAUCUGAUUGAUAAAAAAGAUGCAAGUUAUUUCUCCUUCGUCUCCGGCGCCGAGAUUCGCCGGAAAAGAGAGAUUUUCAGAAGUUUACGGCGAACUAAACGACGAUUUUGGCUCUAAACUGAAGAUUAGUUCUAAAGAGGAAGAAAACAGAGAUGAUGAUUCAUGGUGGAAUCAGAACGGAACUGAUAAAGAUGAUGAAGGAAGAGAAGAAGAUUUCUCAUUCGCAAGUGUAAACGCAGAUAAUUCACCGAUAACCGCAGAUGAAGCAUUCGAAGACGGUCAGAUCCGACCGGUUUAUCCUCUGUUUAACCGGAAUAUUUUCUUCGAUGAUCCAGAGGAAAAAACUUUACGUUCACCUCUCAAGAAACUCUUCGUUGAAUCCACAACCACAGAAGAAGAAGAAGAAGAGUCAGAUACGGUGGGUCCAUAUUGUUCAUGGACAAAUCGUACGGUGGAGCAAGCAUCACCAGAGACUUGUCGGAAAAGUAACUCAACAGGGUUCUCAAAGCUAUGGAGAUUUAGAGAUCUUGUUUUGAGAAGUAACAGUGAUGGAAAAGAUGCGUUUGUGUUUUUAAGCAACGGCUCUUCAUCUACAUCGUCGACGUCGUCUACGGCGGCGAGAUUGAGUGGUGUGGUGAAGUCGUCGGAGAAAGGGAAAGAGAAAACGAAGACGGAUAAGAAGAAGGAUAAGAUGAGAACGAAAUCGGCACAUGAGAAAUUGUAUAUGAGAAACAGAGCAAUGAGAGAAGAAGGGAAACGAAGAUCGUAUCUUCCGUAUAAACAUGUUGGGUUCUUCACUAAUGUUAAUGGUUUAACCAGAAAUGUUCAUCCCUAUUGAUUAAACCGAUCUGUCGUACCAAAAUCUCUACCGACAAAUCUUUGCCUUUUGUAUAUAUCUAACCUUUUUUUUGGUUUCUGUGUAUUAUAAAACCUUCUUUUUGUAAGUAAAAGUGAAACUUUACUUAUUAACUUUUCGUUUGUAUCAUUUGAUUAGUUUUUUUUCUUCUUUGAUGUAAAGUAUUUUUUGAUUUUGAAAGUAGUAGAGAAAAGAUUCAUCGAUCUUUUUUGGAAUUUAAGUUUGUCAAUAAUAUAUUUUGGUAUAUCAAAAUUUGUCCGCACGUUAAUUUUUUUAUUUU